GAGAGCAGGGAGGAACCUCAAGCGAAGCUCCCCCGCUUCCAUUCCAGAGCUGAUGGGCUCGAGAUAGAGCUUCAGAGGCAGAGGGAAGAAAGGGGUGUGUGUGGAGAGAUGUGGAAAGCAGAGAUGCGGAAAGAAGAGGGCAGAAGAAAGAGGCAAGAAGGGGAGAGCGCCCACUCCUUCUCCUCUCUUUCUCCUUUCCUCCCCCUCUUUUCUCUUCCCCACCCCCUUUUUCUCCACGAGGCACGACUGACUUCCAUGUUCGAUGCCGUGGGGUUGUUGUAGCCAAAGGACCAAAGUGUCGAUCUGUUGCUUCCCUUGAGAGAGGGUUGUUUUUUUUUACAAAGGAGGGGAAGGAGAAAGGAGUGGGGUUGGGGUGAGAGGGAGGAAAGGGGAAAAAAAGAGGGCCCAUACUCUCAUACUCUCGGCUUGUCAAUUUCAACAUUUGGUCACGUGACCCCCCGCCUGCCUGCUUGCCUGCCUUGUUGCCUCCCCUGUUCUAAGGACGGGGAUAGAUUUCCACGUCAGCUUUACGUCUCCCAAUUUCUUCCUCCCUCCGCGGAUCGGCUUCAAAGAGGGAGGGAGAGAGGGAGAUUGAGAGAGAGAGAGUGAGGAGCAUCCUCCUCUUCCUCCUCACCAUGUGAAGCGGGGCUCAUGAGGCGACCAGCUCCAGGUAGCCCCCCAGGUCCUUCUCGGCAGCCUCAGCAUGGAUUUUGACGAGCGCGUCCCGUGCUCCUCCAAUAUGUACCUCCCCAGUUGCACCUACUACGUGUCGGGCCCCGAUUUCUCCGGCCUGCCCUCCUUCCUGCCCCAGACCCCGUCCUCGCGUCCCGUCACUUACUCCUACUCCUCCAACCUGCCCCCGGUCCAGCCCGUGCGAGAGGUCACCUUCCGCGAGUAUGCCAUUGACCCCACCGCCAGCAAGUGGCACCAUCCCCGGAGCAACCUGGCCCACUGCUACUCCACCGCGGAGGAGAUCAUGCACAGCAGGGACAACUCCUCCUCGGUGGCGGCGGAGAUGUUCGGGAAGAACGCGGCGGGCGUCUACCACCACCACCACCACCCUGCCACCCCGGGCAACACCUCCUCCAAUUUCUAUAGCGCGGUGGGCAGGAACGGGGUCCUCCCGCAGGCUUUCGACCAGUUCUUCGAGACGGCGUAUGGCACGGCGGAGAACCCUUCGGACUUUGCAGGAGGAGGCAGUAGCAGCGAGAAGAACGGCGAGAAAAUCCCCUCGAGUUCGGAAGGGACGUGCUCCCGAGAAGCCCGAGAAGGCCGAGAAGGGGGAGCGAACCACGGCAACGCCAACGCCGCCUCGUCCUCCUCCUCGGUGGGGACCCCGGAGGACAAGGAGCGGCGCCCGAGAGCGGAGAGCAAAGGCGGCAGCAGCAGCAGCAGCCCGGCCUCGUCUUCCGGCAACAAUGAGGAGAAAUCCAGCAGCUCCAGUGGACAACGCACCCGUAAAAAGAGAUGUCCUUACACCAAAUACCAGAUUAGAGAAUUAGAGAGGGAGUUCUUCUUCAGCGUCUACAUAAACAAAGAGAAACGCCUCCAGCUCUCGAGAAUGCUCAACUUGACCGACCGUCAAGUCAAAAUAUGGUUCCAAAACAGAAGAAUGAAAGAGAAAAAAAUUAACAGGGACCGAUUGCAAUAUUACUCAGCUAAUCCACUACUCUAAGAAAGAAAACAAAGAAAGAAAACAAAACAAAACAACACAAACCUAAACUUGCAGCGAGUUUUUUUUCCCCAAGAUGAGAUUAAAUUCUGAUCUCGCCCUUGACAAGGUCAAGCCACAGGGUUACCUAAAAUAAGGAGGUGUGUAAAGAGACGGAGGAGGACACUGGAAAACUGAAAUUUCAUUCCCAUCCGGCCCUCGUCAAAAUCUAAACCAACUGAGUAAUUUCGUUCCCUACUUCCCAAUCCCUUUUCUUCUCCUUUGGAAAAUUUCCUCCCCCUAAAAACUUUUACGCACGUUAUCUGGAAUCGGUUUAUGCCUUGGAGCCACAUUUUCCAAACAGGCCAUUUGAAUCUUUUGUUACACCACUUGCAACCCGUUUUAACAGCUUAUUAUCACAUGGAGGAGAGUGAAUGGUGACACCACAAGUUGAUUUCCAACUAUAUUAUUAUCUUGGUGGUUUACAUUUUGUAUUUUAUUGGUUUUUUUUAUUGUGGAUCACUAGGCUACUUAUGGCAACAUAUAGACCUGAGGACUACUACAAAGGACGCCACCAUCUUUCUGCAACCCAACUGGUGGCCUAUCAUCCUUUCCAGAUGGCCAAUCUUCUUCCACAAAAGGGAUUACCUAUCCUAGCCAUUCCAUUUUGUAAACUUCAAAACACUUUAUAGGGGAGGGGGUAUUUCUUUCUUUGCAAGGCCAAUCAUAAAUGUUAGUAAAGCCGUAGUAUGGUGUCUCGCUAUGUUGUGUUAGAGCGUGAGAGAUCUGACUCUUUCCUUUUGAAAGGAUUUCAGGUAUUAAUUUGCCAUAUAUGGUAAAGGAACAAUCACGGAAGGAGCAACAACAAGGAUCCAAAAGAACUAGGUUUGGCUUUGUAGUGAGUGAUCAUGGUAGAAAAAAGGGCGGAGACAAAUCAAGAUGCUCAAACCUAAAGGCUUAACAUAUAUAUGUGUGUGUGUGUGUAUGUAUAUGUAUAUGUAUACGUACAUGUAUAUAGACAAACGGACACACACACAACAGAACCUUUGCAAACACGGGGGAGAGGAGAGGAAGGAAGAAAGACUAAUUUAAUAGUUUCAGAGGGUUUUUUUUUCAAACCAGCAAAGUAAAGGUUCUGGCUUCUGUCUCACCAACUUUCUUCAGGAAAUACCUGUGGAGAAGGACAGUUUUGGCAAAUACCACACAACACUUAAUUGGACUUUCGGAUGUGUGCAAUGCACUGAGAUCAGAUCAUUAAAAUCACUAGCAUUUCCUUAGAAGGCCAACCAGAAGGCCAACAAUGUAAAUAGGCUGCAGUUUGUUUUUCAUAUCUUGUUGUCCACUAUUCGUGUCGUCAAUCCUACUUAGCCGCCCAGGCGGCAGAAUCAAAGAAUGGAGAGUUCCUUGGAGUUAUUUUAAAUAUAUAUAAAAAGAAGUAUAUUUCCCUGCAGGAACCAAAGUGAAUGAGAGGGGAGAGAAAAAGAAAAACACAAUUAAAAAAAAGAACUAUUUAAAAUUCUAUUAUCAGUUUACAAAGGAAGAUGUGUUUUAUUGUAAAGGUCACUUGCUGUUGAGAAUAUCUGAAUGUAUAUUUCAUACAAGAAAAGUGUUUUACAAGACUUGUACAUUUUUCAAGGAUUUUUUUGUUGUUAUACUUUUUUAAAGAAACAAUUGUUUUCAUGGGAGGUGUCAGUUUUGUCGUUGUUGUUGUUCAUGUUUUUUUUUAAAGAAAUAAUAAUAAUGUGCAGGAUAUGAAUGUUGUUUUUUAAAUCACCAGCUUCUGAAAUGGACGCAAUUUCUUUACACGGUUUACUCCAAAAAAACAAAACGCAAUACCUUUGUAUCCCAUCACUGUCUGAAAUAUGUACCGUCAUAUAUGUAUAUAUGGCUUUCUUUUUUAAUAUGCGGGUGUCUUUUGUUGCAUGUGUACAGUGGAACGGCACACACGGAAAAUAAACAUGUGGGAAAUUUAA